UGAAAGAAAAUAUCAAUAAUAAAACCCUAAUUGAAUUGCACUACUACUAUAUUAUUAUUAUUAUUAUUUUGCCUUUCCAAGUUUAUAUAACCAUUUUUUUUUUCAUCCACAAAGUCUCAAGUUAAACAGCAGCCCAAUUCCAUUUUUAUCUGUAACAAAGAUGGUAUCUUCAGGAGUUGAGACAGACAAGUAUCGUUCUUACUUGUAUGGAGAGGGAGAGAAAAGCACCAAAUGGAGAUAUGGUGCUCCUCCGAACUAUGAUAUCGUUAACCGUCUCUUUGAAGAAGGCAGAACUAAGAUUUGGGCUGCGGGAUCGCUAGAAGAGAAAGUGCAGAACCUUAUCAAGACAUGGGAAAUGGAGAUGUUCCAUAAGACUUGCUUUGAUGACUAUAAAUCAGUUGACCCAAAUGUCUAUACUUUCAGCCUCAAUGGAAGGAAAGCUGUAAAUCUGGAAGAGAAGAGGAAACUUGGAGGAGGCUACAACAACUUGCUUCAAACAUCUUUGCCGGAGAAAUUCCGAUGCUACAAUCCUUCAGAAGAAACCGUGGAUUCAGCUCAUCAGGCUUUCACAAGUGCUUUCCCAAGAGGAUUUGCUUUGGAAAUUCUUCAUGUUUAUUCAGGUCCACCUGUGAUUGUUUACAAGUUCAGGCACUGGGGUUAUAUGGAAGGUCCUUUCAAAGGCCAUGCCCCGACCGGAGAAAUUGUUGAGUUCUUUGGCACAGCAAUUUUUCAGGUGAAUGAAGAAAUGAAAAUUGUGAAGGUGGAGUUCUUUUAUGACCGUGGAGAACUGCUUGGAGGUCUUAUGAAGGGUAGAGUUUUGGAUAGCUCCCCUGAAGAGGCUGCUUCAAAUUGCCCCUUUUUGAGAAAUACAGGGUAGCCUAGUUUACAAGUAGACGCCAAAUUUUACUAAAAGGGAUACCAUUAUAUUACAAACAGCUUGAAUAAUGAAUUUUUUUUUUUUUUUGAACAACAGCUUGAAUAAGGGUUGCAAUAAAUUACUUCUCCAUGUACUAUUGUCUGAUAUAUAAAGUUCGACCUUAGGAAUCGAAGUAUUUUUUAAUGAA